CACUUGACACUCAUUUAUGUACCCAAGUCCUAAACACAAAAUAAAUUCCAUUUAUUAUACGCAGCGCCGAGCUCACGAUCUGUAUCCGAUUGUGUGUAUCACUAAGGAUUUCACAAAUAUUUUGUUUUAUAAAUAGUAAUAGAUAAUUUUGAUGGUUUCGAUUUUCCUGAAAACUGAUUUCGACAAAAAUACGUGGGGUAAAUUGUAGCUGAUGUGGUAGUAGAUUUCCGAAUUUUGAGUGUUCUUGAAAUGUUCGACGCAAGGCCAAUGACCGUAAAAGUUAUUAGAUCUCAUUAAAAACUUCUUUAAAAUGAGUUCAGAAGAUACAUCCAAUAAUGAUCAAGACAAUAAAUCAACACCAAAUAGACCAAUUCCUGGAGCUCGUCAAGAAAUGUUAAGUAAUAUAACUGCUGCGUCGCCUCCAAGGUUCUUGUCAUUACCUGAAAUUAUGGUAGCUGCUAAACAAUUGGAAGAUAUUGCUCUUGUUCAUGAGAUAGCAGUCAAUGAAAAUUUCAAGUUGGAGCCUCAAGAACAUCCAAAUAACAGUUUAAUGAAACAAGUCAAAGACACGAUGCAUAAAGCAUUUUGGGAGUUGUUGCGUGAACAAUUAAACAGUGAUCCUCCUGUAUAUUCUCAAGCUAUGAUACUUUUAUCAGAAAUUCAAAUAAGCUUAUCAAGUUUGUUGUUAGACCAACAUACUAAAUUGAAAGAAGACAUUGCUCAAGUUUUAGAUGUAGAGUCUAUACAAAAUCAGAUAGACAAUGACUCUUUGGAUUUUGAAUAUUAUACCAAGUUUAUACUGAAUUUGAUGUCAAAAAUAUGUGCUCCAGUAAGAGACGAUUCGAUACGUGCUCUAUCUCUAUUAAAUGAUCCUGUUGAUAUAUUUAAAGGAAUAACAGAGACUUUGAGCUUGAUGAAACUUGACAUGGCAAAUUUCACGAUAACUGCACAACGACGAGCAUUAAAUGCCUGUAGUGCUGAUUAUGAACGAGAUAAAUUUGCAGAGUAUUUAAAAGUUCAACCAGAUGCAUUAAACUUGACUGCCGAAUGGUUUAAACGCCACAUUAAUUUUGAAAAAACUGCUGAACCUUAUCACGAUAUAGUUGCAAGAGCUUAUAUGGAAAUAUUUGAUUGGAAUGAAAAUGUUAUAUUCCCAGAGGCUUUAUCAUUAGACAAAGAUCGAUAUUUGGCAACAAAUAAAAUGCUAAAUCUUUUGAUACUGGCAGCAUCUACUUUUAUUGUAACAAUAUCAACAACUAAUUCCAUUAUUCCCAGAGACAUGAAUUUCAAAAAUGAUUUAAAAGAGUUUAUUUUACGCGUCAUUAAACAUAAUGAUUUCAACAAUAAUGUCAUACCAAGUAUUGUAAAACAGAUAGUUCAUCACUGUAAUACAUAUAUGUGUAGACUUAAUCCAGAUGGACUACCUGUUUCACCAGAUAUGGUCAAUACACUUGAAACUCAAGUCUUGUCGAUCCAAAACCCAGACAAUAAAAUAAGAACUCUAGUUGAGAAGCGUUUCAAGGAGUUUAUUGCUGCAGUCAUCAGUUCUGACAACGCAGUUCCUCAGCAAUGCCCACUUGGCUUGUCUGCAUUCAAGAAUGAAUUAGCAGCCGUUACCGGCAGUUUUUUGCAUCUUAUCACAUAUAACAGAAAAGUAUUUACCACGUUUUAUGAUGAAAUAUUAAAAAAUCUUCUGAAUCAAUGUGAUUUUCCUUGAUUGUCUCUCAAAGACAGUGUACUAAAAAUGAAUAUUAUCUUUUAUUUUGUCCUAUACUAACUUUUUAACUAAAACUUUUUUUUUGAAUCAUUGAUUUAUUUUUUUGGUACAUGAAUUUGUGACCAAAUUAGAAUCUAGAACAUUAUGGAAUCACAUUUUAUUUCUGUAGUUUCAAUAUAAUAUUAAAACUUAUUGUAAUACAAUAUAUUGAUAACAAUUAUAAUUGCAAUAUUAUUCUACUGUUUAAUACUUCAAUGUGUAAAUCAUUGUUACUUAUUAGCUAGUGCUACGUGCCUAAAUCUAAUAUAAGAUAUAACUUAUAGUAAUAAUUAUUAUAUUAAUCAGUAAAAUAUAUAUGUAUAACAAAAUACAUUUGUGUAUGUUAUAGCAUAAGCUAGCAUGUUAUACUAUAAUUCUUUGGACUUUAUUUUGUAUUCUUUAAAUGUAUGAUCAUUGUUGAUAAAUGGAACUAGCUUGACAGCUUGUAACACUUGAAUCCCAGGUAUAUUCAUAGAAAUAAUAUGCGUAUAAACAAUUGUUAUUUAUUAUUGCAGAUUUUAGUAUUGUAAAGAUUUAUAAAUAUAUAAUAUUAAAUAUUUUAUAUUAACCCCGACUGAUAUUUUCAAUAUUGUUCUAAAGUUAACAAGCUCAGGUAUUGUUGUAAGUUAAUUUUAGUAAAUAGAAUAAUACACAUUUUAUUUUAUACAGAAAUUAUGUGUACUGUAUUUUACAACAUAAUAAAGAUGAUAUAUUUCAUAAUUACUAAUUAUAA